CGUGGUCCAAUUUUUUUUUUAUCAUCUACUUUCUCCUCAUCUCCCCAGCCUUUAAUCCGAUCAAAUUCAGACCACGUGUAUCCAUCUUAUCCAAGUCUCUUAUCUAUCCUCCACGCCGAGUUCAGUAUCGUGAAGUCUAUCUGCAGUGAUAUCACCAUAAUUCACGUGUGCAUAUGUCAUUUUCCCGGUGCAUCCCGUCUCUUCUUUUCCCUGCAAAGCUGUUUGACGGGAGCCAACAAGAAUCCCCGACCCGCCACUGCCCGCAUGCCGGAAACACAACACAACUUUUGCAACGCGCUGCAGCCCAAUCUUGACGACAAUCAUUUCGUCUCAAGCUUGGUGCUCCACAUUUGAUCAUCUAGAAAUAGCUACGACAUCCCCUCGACCCCAGAAGCACCUGCUGCCGCUUUCACUUCUGCCAAUUCGCUACCUAUGGUACAAGCCUUCUCCAUCCAUUGACGUCGCCAUUUGAUGGCUGUGUAAGUAAAUCUCCACCACACGAGGGGUUUCGACUAAAACCCUAUUCCUUCCGUAUCACCCAUUUGGAUAACAUUGUCGUAUUUUGAGCAAGAACAUUUGAGCAAGAACAUACUGAACACAAAACACCAACCAUGGCCGAUCUGGCGGAACCGGAGAUCAGUCUCCCGGUCUCGGGACUGAGCCACAAGUCAGAAGGCGCACCAUCUACCGAUGGCGAGGCCAUCUUGACCCCAGACACCCCCUCAACACCGCCCCUAAACUCUUCGCCCGGAGAACAUGAUCCGAAUACCCCAACUCUCGAUGUCACGACCCCGAAAAGUCCAGCCGUAUUAUCGAGGAACUCGUCGUUUUCGGGUAGCAUAAGCAGCACUCUUCACGACGAGUGGGAUGUCUUCCCCCCUCUCGAUCGCUUGACUGUUCUCGACCUUCUCGAUAAUUUUGCGCUCCCUCAGCAGCUGGAGAAAUUGCAAAGAGGCAUCCACGCCCGAACCGAGAAGAUGCGCAAGUCCGGCGAGGCCCUGAAAGAAAAGAGUGCGAUCGCUCGAGAGCGCAUGGUGGAUGAAUGGCGCAAACGGGUCCCCACGGCCGAGGAGCAGCUGGAGCGAUACAAGAAGCGGAUGCGCGUCAACGUUGAUAAGCUAGGAAAGCGCUGGAACGACACCAAGGUCAUCACUCUCCGCGAGAAAGUAGCCUUCAUCUUCGGCGUCAUGAACAUCUUCAUCAGCGGUUACUUGAUCGGCGCCUUCCCCGAAUGGUUCCAUAUCUGGUACACUGUUCAGAUCCUCUAUUUCAUGCCCAUACGGUUCUACCGCUACCACAAGCAAGGCUACCACUACUUCCUUGCUGACCUCUGUUACUUUGUCAACUUCCUCCUGCUCCUCAGCCUGUGGGUGUUCCCCGGCUCGAAGCGUCUCUUCACCGCCGUCUAUUGCUUAGCCUACGGCAACAAUGCCAUAGCCAUCAUCAUGUGGCGCAACUCCCUGGUCUUCCACAGUCUCGACAAGGUCACGUCGCUCUUCAUCCACAUCAUGCCUUGCGCCACCCUGCACUGCAUCGUGCACCUCCUCGACCCAGCCGAGCAGCGCAAGCGCUUCCCGUCCAUCUGGACCAUCAAGACCUCUCCGCCCGGCUCCCCGACCGCCUACGCCAACGUCAUCUCCAUGCUGGCCUGGUCCACGAUCCCGUACGCCAUCUGGCAGCUCGCGUACUACUUCUUCAUCACGGUCCGGCGCCGCGACAAGAUCGCCGCCGGCCGCCCCACUUCGUUUACAUGGCUGCGCAAGUCGUACUCCAAAAACUGGCUGGGCAAGGCGAUCCUGAACCUGCCCGACUCCCUGCAGGAGCCGGCCUUCAUGCUGAUCCAGUACACGUACGCGGUCCUGACCAUGCUGCCCUGCCCGCUCUGGUUCUACUACCGCUGGCUGUCGGCCGUCUUUCUCAUGGGCGUGUUUACAUGGUCCGUAUACAACGGGUCUACCUACUAUAUUGACGUCUUCGGCAAGCGUUUCCAGAAGGAGCUCGAGGCCAUGAAGGCCGAAGUGGCAAAGUGGCAGCAUAGCCCUGAUGGCAUGGUGCAUAGCCCGACGUUGACGCCGCAUGCCGGAGCGCAAGAGGAGGAGAAUAAGAGGCUUGGUGAGCCGACCAAGAACAACAACAACAGUGACAGCAAUGACAGUUCGGGUUCGAGCACAAGCAGUUUGGAUAACAUUCCGCUUUUGACUGAGGAGAAGAGCGAACUGCCCGCUAGCGCGACCGCGACCGCGACUGGUGCGGAGGUGGAUGGUGGUGCGAAGGAUGUGGCGAGGGCGAGGAGGCCGGGUGCGGAGUUGUUUGGUGCUGGGGCGGCGCCGUCUUGAUAUACUACUGUGUUUUUUUGUUUUUUUUUUUUUAAAACCGAGCAUGUUAUGAUCUGAUCUGGGUCGAUAUACGGCUGUUCUUUUUGAUUUCAUGUACAGAUGGGUACCUAUUUCCAUGCCAUGAAUAGCGAGGCAGCACUGCAUGCCGUGUUGACGUUCAUGGAAAUAAAUGGCUUGGUGCAGCAGGAUUGCAUGAGUGAAGGUCAAAUCACCCAUAUCUUUACGUUUUGAUAUCCUUACUGUCCACUAUCUGUUUACACCCACCCGUUCUCAGUUUGACUACCAGGUGAUGAUGUAUGAUUGUUAUGUCGUGUAUCAUGCGGACUCGGCAUGGCAUUUUCCCUUCUUCUCUUUUGAGCACUGAGGCCACCAUGAUACACAGCAAUGAAAAUACGAAGGGCGCUUGUUCCCCAAAGCUGAUGGACAAAAU